AUUACCAUCUACUCAAUUAACUCUCUUUGAAGCUUCUUCUUAUCAAUGGCAUAAAAUUAAGAAAGCUGUCUGAAAUUAAUUACAGCAUCAUUAAAGUAAUUUGCAUACGCAAAUAUACAUAUACUUUCAGUUUCUACCUUGUUUCUCUAAAACACAUAUGGGAACCUCAAGAGCUGCACAAUUGCUAUUCUGUAUCCUUUUCAACCUUCCUUUAGCUUAUUCAAUUCAAUUCCAAAUACCUCGUUUCGAACCAAGUAAUCCAAAUGUUCUUUAUCAGGGAGCUGCUCAACCUUCAGUCGGAGCUGUUGAACUAAUUGACAAUGUUGAUUAUCUCUGUCGAGUAGGCAGAGUGAUCUCUGCAGACAGGGUCCGACUAUGGGAUGCUGACACAAGAAAGCUCUCCGACUUCACAACCCAUUUCUCCUUCUACAUCAACACACUCGGCCGGACAUCUUAUGCUGCUGGCCUUGCAUUCUUCCUGGCUCCGCAUGGAUUUCAAAUUCCACCCAACUCUGCAGGUGGUUUUCUAGGCCUAUUCAACGCCACCACUAGUGACUCCCGUAAGAACCAAAUUGUUCAUGUUGAAUUCGACUCUUUUGCGAACCCUGAAUGGGAUCCUACAUAUGAGCAUGUUGGGAUCAAUAACAACUCAAUUUCUUCGGUUGUCACUACCCCUUGGAAUGCUAGCUUCCAUAACGGUGACACGGCUGAUGUAUGGAUUAACUACAAUGCUACUACUCAUAAUCUAAGUGUCUCUUGGAUGUACCAGAAAACUUCUAAUGCCAAAGAGAACACCAGCCUUUCUUACCAAAUCAACUUGAUGGAGGUUUUGCCUGAGUGGGUCACUGUUGGGUUCUCUGCUGCUACAAGUCAAUUUAUAGAGCGCCAUGUAGUUCAAUCAUGGGAUUUUAGUUCAAGUUUGGAUAUAAAAGAAACAGAUAAACAAAAUAGUGGAAAGACAAAAUUAGUGGUGGCUUUGACAGUUUCAGGAGGUGUUUUGAUUUCUGGGGUGGUUAUAGCUUUUGUGUUGUUAUGGAAGCGGAAGAAGAAAAACAGGGAAAAAACAGAGACAGUGAACACAACUUCGAUUAAUGUUGAUCUCGAAAGAGGAGCCGGACCAAGAAGGUUUUCUUACCUUAAUCUAGUUUCAGCAACCAACAACUUCUCUGAUGACAAGAAGUUGGGUAAAGGAGGUUUCGGUACUGUUUACAAAGGCUACUUAAAAGAUUUGAAUAUGGUUGUAGCGGUGAAAAAAUUUUCGGGAGGAUCAAAACAGGGAAGAAAAGAGUACAUAACAGAGGUGAAGGUGAUUAGCAGCUUAAGACAUCGAAAUUUGGUGCAACUCAUAGGCUGGUGCCAUGACAAAGGUGAGUUCCUCCUGGUCUACGAGUUCAUGCCAAAUGGUAGUCUUGAUUCCCACCUCUUUGGCAAGAAAAGCCUUCUUGUUUGGGGUGUGAGAUACAAGAUUUCUCUUGGAAUAGCUUCGGCAUUGCUGUAUCUUCAUGAAGAGUGGGAACAAUGUGUGGUGCACAGAGAUAUCAAAUCGAGUAACGUUAUGCUAGAUGCAAACUUCAAUGUCAAGCUUGGAGACUUUGGAUUAGCCCGUCUUAUGGACCAUGAGCUUGGCCCCAAGACAACGGGGUUGGCUGGGACAUUAGGCUACAUGGCUCCGGAAUACAUAAGCACUAGAAGGGCUAGUAAAGAGUCUGAUGUUUAUAGCUUUGGUGUGGUUGCUUUAGAAAUCGCUACUGGAAGGAAGUCAGCUGAUCGUAUCGAAGAGGAUUCCGAAAUUGGAUUGGUAGAAUGGGUUUGGAACCUUUAUGGGAAAGGAAAACUUGAAAUGGUUGUGGAUGAGAAGCUGCAUAUGGAAUUUGAUCAGAGACAAGUAGAGUGUUUGAUGAUUGUAGGGCUGUGGUGUGCUCACCCAGAUCAAAGUCUAAGGCCAUCAAUUAGGCAAGCCAUUCAUGUCCUUAACUUUGGGGCAGCGUUGCCCAAUCUUCCUCCUAAGAUGCCUAUUCCAAUUUAUGAUGUGCCUGCACUCCCUGUCAGCUUAGGUGAGCCAUUACUGACUACAAGUCUUGAAGUGGGUCGGUGAUAGAUCAACUAGAAAAUCAUCAAAAUUUAUUACUUAUACAUUGUUGUUCUGUAAUAUAUGAUUCUAAAUAUUUAAUAUUGUUAUAGAACAUCCAUGAACUGGGAUCAAGAACACAAUAAUUUGCAGUAGUUGGGAGAUUCUAUUCAUUUUUAUGUCGGUUUUGAAAUAGAUAGAAGAUUCCAAUUCUUCAAUCAAGUCUCGCUUAGUUUUAAUAAUGGUGUUACUUGC